GCACUUUCAAACAGACAGUCAGACAGCAGCAGGAAGCAGCCGCACACUUCAGCUGAUAAUCUUAGACAGCAAUGAAAACCUCUCACACAUACUGUAUUUUAUACUCUGGAGCAGUGCUGCUGCUUCUCAGUUAUGGUGUGUGUGUUCUGGCUGAGGAGAGAACACCGUUAGAGCGCAGAGCUGCUGCUGGGAGUUCCCUCAUUUUACCACUCGGAUAUCCAAAAGAUUCUGUAUCAUUUGCACAGUGGAGAUAUAAAGAACAAAUAUUUUCAAUAUAUCGGAACAAAAAUAAACAAAUUGCUAUCAUUAAUGUACUGCAGUUCAGUGGAAGACUAAAGGUGAACAGUGAUGAUCUCAGUGUAGAAGUGAUGAAUCUUCAGCUCAGUGACUCUGGAAGAUACACCAUUGUUACUCAAAGUUCUUCAGGGGAUCAGCUUCCAACAGAGACAAUCAUUCUGAUCGUCUAUGAUGUGAUUAAGGUGGAGAUUAGGAGUGAACACACUUGGAAAGCAGCUACAAACAGCUGUGAUGUUUCUCUUCAGUGUCGAGCGUCUGAAGAUCAGACAGUGUCCUACAGAUGGAGAGGUUUUAAGGAGGAGGAUGGAGCUCAGCUGAACUUCACUCUCAAACCAGAAGAGGGAGACGUUACUCUGAACUGCUCUGCAUCCAGCAGCACUGGGAGUGGCUCGAACACGACCACAGUGAAAUGCACUCCAGAAAAGCCCACUACAGGUUUGCCUAAUCCAGAAGCUUCAUUCUCAGUGCUCCAUCUGCUCAGUUUUUUAACAGCAGCGUCUCCAUAUCUGCUGUUCACCAUCAUACUGGGGGUGAAAAGCUACAGAGCUCGAGCUAAAGCAGAUGAUGUGAACAUGGUGUGUGAAGUGAGAGAAGCUGAAGAAUGAUGAUAAAUGACUUCAGCCACCAUGAAAGGUGUAAACGAAGGAAAGCAAUUUCAUUUAAAUUCAAUUAGGAAAAAAACUAUAUAUAUAUAUAUAUAUAUAUAUAAAAAAAAUAAACAGCUUGUAUUAUACAUUGUGUUUCUGUGUAAUCCUAAAGAUGAGAUGUUUGUAUCACUGGAUUAAUUUCUAACUCUGUUUUUAGCUUUUUUUUAGAUUAUCAGAAGUAUAAUUAAUAUUAAUUUGUUUUGGUUUUAUAAAUUUUUAGAAUUUAUCAUUUAUCUACAUUUACAUACUUUUACAAUUCAAAUGCAUUGUAACAUUAACCUGAACUCUCUGUUUUUAAUAAUAUUGCUCGUUUUCUGUGUGUUACUGCAGUACCUUAUUCAAUAACAAUAAAACCCUUUAUUUAGAAGCAAACUCUAUUUGCUGCAUGGCUUAAUGUCUGUGAUGAGCUGUGCUGUUGUUGUUUCUAUCUUUGCACAAAAAUAAAAUGAAAGUUUAUUACAACAGUA